GAUCGCGCCGAGGCGCAGUGCAUCCGUCGCUUUUCACGGUGGACGAACGUCGUCGGGGCCCGGCCGUCCGCACGCCGCCCGUGCAACGCCGGACAAAAUGCCGAUUAGCUUGCGUACUCUGUGUCUCGUGACGGCGGUCUUGUGCAACGUUCAGCGGAGUCUCGAACAUGAAAUCCCGAGGAGGAGCUUCCUGUCACGCAGGGCGAUCGACGGAACUAGAGGAAGGAAGUACUUCGACCCGAACGAGGAAGGUGCUUUCGACAGCUACGGUUCCGCGGGUGGUCAAUACGACCCGUACGACCACGUGACGGAUCUAUCUGACAUCAGGAAAAAUGUGCCGGGUGAGCCAGGCGUCGACUAUCCCGCCUACUCGACAUUACCUCAGACGGGAUUCACGUGCGAAGGACGUUCACGCGGCUAUUACGCCGACGAGGCGGCCGGGUGUCAGGUUUUCCACGUGUGUCACGACGUGCUGGUCUCCUCGUUUCUCUGCCCGAUAGGCUCGACUUUUAGCCAGAAGCUGCUGACCUGCGACUGGUGGACCAAGGUCGACUGCUCGUCCACCAACAGAUACCUCGGGGUGAACCGUAACAACUAUCAGAUCGACGACGACGAGAUGAUCCGCAACGCGUACGCGAUGAUCAGCCUGCAGUCCACCGAGGACGUCACCAAGGACGGCCUGGUGGAUCCCGACAGCGGCGCCAGGAUCGUCGACUACUCCACGCUAGGUGGUAGAACUCUGGGCUACACACCCGGAUUCCGCAGGAUCACGGAUUACCCUGCCGUCGACGCGACCGGGAACGACCUGCCGAGCGGCUUCGAGGACUACCCGCAGCGGAACGAUCGUCAGAUUCUUGACUACAGUCGUUAUCAAGAAAAACUGGCGAAGACCAGUUCCGUGUAUCAGAGCAAGUUCCACCUUGAGGACAAGGGACGGUCGCCUUACCACGCCUCUCCGAUCAUCCGACACGAUUAUCAGGGUCGAUCGGCCGGCGACAAUGAGUUCCAGGACGACUAUCGCAGACCCGACGGCUUCACCAAUCGGCUACAGGCCUCCUACGCGCCUACUGUUCCCACUGUUACCACCACCACGAGGAGAUUGUACUCGCCUACGGUUCCGACGACCUAUCGGCCUUCAACGUUGGCUUACAGCAAGCUGGAUCUGCUAAUGGACAGCUCUGAUCAUCUGUACGCGCACAGUAAGAGCCCGGUGACACCUCCCACGAUCGUUCGGCAGGACGAUGACACGGAAGAUAUCAGCUUGAGCGAAACUGCGCGUCACCACGACGACCCGGAGAGAUCGGAGAGCGAACGGAAGGCGGACGGGGCGCGUCUCAACUUCGAGGAGAAAUCGCGCACGAAUUUCAGGAUCAACGUGACCGACGCGAUCGACGAGCUGUUCAGGCAGCAGAGUGACAAGCCUGUUGUUAGAAACGACGAUGACGGGAACGACGAGAGCGCGGAAGUCAUCGAGCUGAAGGACAGCGUCGGAAUCGUGCAAGCGCUGAAUAAUUCACGCGGAAGGAUUAUCGUGCAGAGACAGGAUCCCGUGAUUCAAGCGUUGAAGAACGAUCGUGUUGGUCUGACCACACUUCCUCCAUCGGGGACGAGCGCUCACGGCGACACCGUGAACUCGACGCAGAUCCUGAAGAAGCCGGACGUGGUCGUGGCCAACGAAACCGGCAGCGACGGGUCGACGGAGGAUUACGAGGAUGUCGUGAACUCGACGGCUGGCGGUAUCGAAGACACGACGUACCUGAGCAGCUCCGAUGACGGCGCGACUCCGCCGGUGACGAACCGCCGAGAAAGAGACGACGACUCCUCGAUAGAGUCGACAACCGCGAGAGCUACGAUUGACACGACUGAGAGAAUCGCCGAGAAAAGUCACGAGGUGCUUGACGAUCGCUCCUCGUCCAAGGAGAAUCAGACGGCGGUGGACCAAAACUCGUCGUCGACGAAAUCGGUCUCCAGCUUCGGCGACGAGCAGUUCUCAGCGGACUUCGGCUUCCGGACUUCCCGACCAGCGCUGUUCUUGCGCCCACCACUGGAAGGCUUUUUCAUUAACGUCCCCGAAGAGACGCACUAUACGACGCUGGACGACGCUUUCAAGAGAUCCUGGGACUCCGGAGUGACGACCACCGAAAUCCCGCGUUUCUCCAGCGCGCUCUCUGGCAGCAGUAGGGACGAGUCGCCGGUUUACAACGAGAACAUCGACUACACGGACGAGAGUUUGCCGGUGACGACGCCCAGUCCGGAGGUUCAUCUCGCUGACCGGGUGAUCAUCGAAACGUCCACGCUCAUACCGUGGCUGGUUCCCUCGUGGCACGAUCGAUCGAAUGUCCCCGUGACCGACGUCGUGCCGCCGGUCGUGGACUACAACGACGGCUUCGGCGACUUCGUCCCGCCGGACCGAGACGCGAACGGACGCGUGGAGUCCUCGAGAGCGCAGGGUUUAAGGAACAGCAGCGAAACGGAAACCCUGAACCGAUACAAUACAGGCUUCCAGUUCACCAUCAGGGACGCCAUCAGGGCUCAGGCGCAGUCGGAAGUAGAUACGAAAUCACCGUGCCACUCUUCAACAUCCGAUGGGCGAACGAGGCACUGUGAGACGAGUUCGGCUGUCCCACAGGUGGCAGUUUCCACUCCCAGUGUCGAGCAGGAAGCAAUUUCCAUCGGCACAAAAGCGACCACGAGGUCGUCCGAGAAACCGGUCACGCCUGUCCCCGAUAAAUCUUCGACUUCUGUCGCGCGAUCUUCGGUCACCGUCAACGGUAACAUCGAUGUAGAGGGGUCGUCGUUGAAGGCGGUUACACCGAGAGGCGUGUUCCAGACCAAGAGACCCGAAGAGAACGUUGGAGAGACGACGGAAGCGACGACAACGAGCAGUCCGCUGCACCCGAUCCGUCCAGGAUCCUUGAAGCAGAUCGAGGAAACAAUCGACCGGCGGAAUUCUCCGUAUGAAGUGUCCUUCUCGGUGAAGAAAGACGAGGACCUGGACACGACUGCCGACGACUUCAUCAGCCGAUUAAUCGCUCAGCAACCGACCGUUCUGGGCGAUUUUGAGAUCAUCAAGUCGGUCGAGCCGGAAGACGAUCGAAUCACCGGCGUUCCUCAAGCGCCGAGGUUGCCGGAUAUUAGUCACACGUCUGCAGGCGUAAGCAGUUCCGUCGUUUCGUCAAGUAACACGGCCGAUCAACCCAAGGACUCGGACGUGAGUAUGCUAAAUCUCCUUCAGCUCAUGGCGGAACUGUUGAAACUAGACCGGCUGCCUCGGCCGUUCUCAACGAAUGUACACAACGCAGAGACCCCGAGGAAAUUAGACGACCCGAACGAGCCGCCCUUCGUCACGGCAAAUCCGCUUCUCGAUCAUUCGCAAGGUCAGACCACCCCCGGAAAUGCCAUUUCGAGGGCCUCCGUCUUCGAUAUUUCGAACACACCCGCUGACACCGCCGAGCCGAGAACGUCGUCGACCUUGGAUCGAAAUAAGCAAUCUUUCGUCACAACGAGUCCACUGUUAGAUUAUUCGCAGACACCGUUCGAAAAAGCCAACUCCAAGCCGCCCGCAUUCGACAUGUUGAAGAUAAAUGUUGGCAACUCAGAGCCAAAGACGCCACUGGAUCUGGACGGGAGUGAGCCAUUGUUCAUUACGACGAAUCCAUUAUUGGAUCAAUCACGGGCCAGAACGACGUUCAGGAAUGCGAAUUCCAAGGCGCCUUCCUUCGAUGAUACCAUGAAGACAACUACCAACGUUGCCUUCGGAGUGUCUCCCGACGUUUCUCCUCGAAUAAAUCCAGAUUACGCGACGAAGGCGAGCCUGUCGACGACAAACGGCAGGGGCAACCGGCCAUUUCAGAAGCAGGAGAUCCUGGAACAGUUGACGGAGAACUUCGGGCAGCCUUUGUAUGGCGGUGACUCGAUCCACCGGUCGCUCAUCUUCGACCUGCCGCAGGUGCAGAGGAGUUUAGACUUCGAGACCGGUCUGCCGAUAAAGGGGAGCGAGCGAGUGACUGAGGAGGCCGGAGUAAAGCUGGUGUCUUCUACAACGAGGUCAACGACGGCGGUGACGACGACGUCGCCGACCACAGCGCCGACGACUACGACGACACAAGGAACGAUCACGACGGCGGAGUCCGAAAGGACCAUCGUCGAGACCGAGUUCGUUCCUUCCUUAGGGUUCUCCUUCGACACCGACGAGGGUCGCGAGGAGUACGUGGAGGCGAUUCUCGGGGGAUUGAUCGACGACCACGGCAGAAACAAAUCCAGCGCCGCGCAAUUAACUCACGAAGCGCCAAAGAACGAGACCCUGAGACCCGGGAGACACGAGAGUUCAGAAGACGUCUGAAGAAUCUCCAGGGCGUAUGUGAAAGAUUUGAAAGCGUCUGUCGAAGAUCUGCCGGGUGCUUUUGAGAUGAGAACGGUCCCAUCGUUAUCGAUUACUCGUAUAAUGUCAGCGUUCGAUUGCUAUCUGAAGGAAUAGGCGAGUGCGCGAAGAAAAAUAAUUCCACCGUCGUAGCAAAAUCCAUCGUCGCUACUGUGAAUAAAACAUAUUCGUUGCGACGGCGAUAAAAUUUAGUUGACGAUCAAAUUAACAAAUUAUUGGUAAUUAGAGUAGAAACGGGCUUUGUCGUCGGGAUAAAAAGUACUCCGUUGAGUGAACAUGUCCUUAGGACACGUUAAUUUGCUGCUGGAACAAAAUAUCGUUUUCCUAAACUUACCGAUUUGUUCCUACAGCGAAGUGAUUUGUAAAUUCAGCCAAAUAAUUCAGCGAAUGACAAUUGGUAUUCUUAACGAGUCCUUUAGCUAUCCGCGUAUUGAUUGACAGAUCUCGCUGCGUCGGCAUAAAAUUUGCUGUGUCGGCAAAUUAUUUUUCUCCGUGUGGCAGGCGUGCGUUUAUUAAAGUUACAUUAAUCUUCCGUCCAUAUUAUAAUCGCAAGAUACACUAUGCAGCUGCAGUUAAGAGGAGGCGGCACAAUAACCGAUGCAUUGUGACUAUUUUCCUCACGCCGAAAUCACGCGUAUUUUCUAAUGUGACCAUAUAGAUAAGAUCUCGUGCGUUGUAAAACAAUGGAUCACGUCGUAAAAUGGAAUAAAAUGGAUCACGUCGUAAAAUGGUGGUCUUGCUCAUGUACAAGAGGAUGGAGUGUGUGUGUAUAUAACAAACAGCGUGUGCAUCCGGUGUGCGUGCAAGGGAACGUAUCUAGCAUUAUGAAUAUUUUGUCUAACCCGGAGUUUGAUACUCUUCCUUCUCCUUUUAAUACAUAUAUAUAUAUAUAUAUAUAUAUCUCGUUAUACAAAUUUCAACCGUGUAAUCGAUAAACACUUGCUGUAUACCCUCCUCCCACAUAGAGAGGCAGUUGAUUCACCAUGACAACGGUAGUGGCGUCCAAUUCGUUUACCGUUCAGUGUUGUUCAAUAUUUCUCCAAGGCGAUUCAAUCUAAUCUGAAUGUGAUUUCUCGAGAAACAAUUACACUCUGAAACUGAUUAAUCCGGAAACUUAGUCGCAUACAGUAACAAUUUAUCUACUUCUAAUCAAUUGUAAAUAAUCGCAAAGUUGUGUCGAUCUUAUAAGAAAAUAAA